AUGUUCCCGUGGGCCGAGGGCCGGCGCCUCGAGCAGGACGACGGCGAGCACGAGUUCCACGCGCUGAACACGCUCCUCCUGGUCGUCGUCCUGGGCCUCUGCAUCCUGAGCGCGUACCUCAUCAAGAAGUACCGGUUCUACUUCAUGCCCGAGUCGUCGGCGGCGCUCUGCGUGGGCCUCGUCGUCGGGGGCAUCGCGCGGCUCAUCACGCACAGCGACGAGGAGCUCAACUUCCUGAGCUUCCAGCCCGAGCUCUUCUUCUUCAUGCUGCUGCCGCCCAUCAUCUUCGAGGCGGGCUACACGCUCCGCCGGAAGAACUUCUUCCGAAAUUUGGGCACGAUCACGGCCUACGCGGUCUUCGGCACCGUCGUGUCGACCUUCGUCGUCGGCUACCUGACCUUCGCCUGCGGCAAGGCGGGCAUCAUCGACAUCGACGGCACGAACCCGAUGGAGGCGCUGCUCUUCGGCGCGCUCAUCUCGGCCGUGGACCCCGUCGCGACGCUGAGCAUCAUGGGCUCGCCGGAGCUCAACUGCGACCCUUUGUUGUACAGCCUGGUCUUCGGCGAGUCCGUGCUCAACGACGCCGUGGCCAUCGUGCUGUUUCGCACGUUCUACAACUACUACGAGGAGGGCGAGGAGCUCGACCAGUCGAAGAUCCCCGUCGCGCUCGUCGAGUUCCUGGGCGUGUCGCUCGGGUCCGUCUUCAUCGGCGUCAUCACGGGCCUCAUCUGCUCCUACAUCUUCCGCCACACGCGGAUCCGCGACUACCCCAAGUACGAGAUCUCGCUGUUGUUCCUCUUCGCCUACGGCGCGUACGCGCUCGCGGAGUCCAUCGAGCUCUCGGGCAUCAUGGCGCUCUUCUUCUGCGGCAUCGUGUUGGCCCACUACAACUCCUACAACCUGUCGAAGACGAGCCAGGUCACGGCCGAGGAGAUCUUCUCCGCGCUCAGCACCGUCGCGGAGUCGUUCGUGUUCAUGUACAUGGGCAUGGGCUUCUUCACGGGCCGCUUCAAGUCCUGGGACGGCACGUUCAUCUUCCUCGCGAUCCUCUUCUGCUCCUUCGCGCGGGCCUGCAACGUCUUCCCCCUGUCGUUCCUCUCGAACGCGACGCGGUCCGUGAAGAUCCCGCUCCGCAUGCAGCUGGUCAUCUGGUUCGCGGGGCUCCGCGGGGCCAUCGCCUUCGCGCUGUCCCAGAACAUGCCCGGCCCCCACAAGGACGUCUACGAGACGACGACGCUGUCCAUCGUCAUCUUCACGACCCUCGUCUGCGGCGGUCUCACGGAGUCCGUGAUCCGGCUCAGCGGCAUGAAGCGGACGCACGGCGAGGCCGACGGCGACGACGACGACGCCGCGACGCCCCUCACGUCGCAGCAGUACGAGCUCAUGAACAUCGCCGACGACCGCGAGGAGCGCGGCGGCGGCGGCGGCGACCGCGACGGGCCCCGGAGCCCGGGCGGGCUGGGCAUCCACGGCGCGUGGCGCGAGAUCGACAACCGCUACUUCAAGCCCAUGUUCGGCGGCCAGAUGCCGGGGUCCGCCGACGACGGCGAAGACGCGCUCGAGGGCAUCAAGCGGCACCCGCCGAAGCGGCUCCCGCCGCGGCGGCCACCCGUCACGAGCCUCUGA